UGAGCUUCUACGUUGUGAUCCGCGGAUCAGCUGGGCGAAGCAAUAACAGCCAGGACAAAAACAAGACAAAUAUAUCUCUAUAUAUCUAAUGCACCAAAAACAGGGUUAAAAAAAGCAACAAGACAAGAACACAAGGAUAAAGGCUGCACUUUUAAACCGUCGUGUAGUUUCAAAGUUUCUUCUAAGAAGAAAGUCCUAUUAUUAUUAUUCUCUUUAUUUUCCUGUUAAUGUAAUCCUGGUGCAUUAACACUACCUCAUACACAGAAACGCUCCUGAAUCUGGAGCUUUAAGGCUUUUGUCGUGCUUUUUACUGUUUCGUCCACACGUUUACACAUUUCUUCGGUGCUCCAGCAAAGGCAGGCCUUUGCAGUAAUAAAAAGACCAUAAACUUGCACUCUGAGAGUUAAUCAACUCUUCCUAGGUUCCUUCCACCAACAAGGGCUUGACAAGAAAAAGACGCCAAUAACACGCCGUGCCGGUCCUUCAAACCUGCCACAGAAGACCAUCAGCAUUAGCAACUGUACAUCGGCGUCUGUUCCAAGACAAAUUCCAAGGCAGCUCUCCCUCAGGAUAUCUACACAACCUGCCCUUUGAACUUCAAAGCAGCCAUGUUCCAGCGACUGAGCAACCUGCUUUUCGGAGCGGUGGAGGACGUCUCUGCCGAGCUCAAUGGACCCAAGCCGUGCGUGACCGAGGUGGACGAUGAGGGAUGGCUUCUGGUCAGCGUUCCUGGUGACAGAGACUGUUCCACACUGGGUGAGGAUGGGGCAGAGGUCCCGUCAAUAGCACAGUCUCUUCCACAUAGUGAGUGUCAGAGGGUGGAGUCUGGAUGUGAAACAGCCACUCCCCCCUCUUGUUCAGGUGACUCCACCCCUUUCUCAUGCAAACGGCGCAGGACUAGAGCAGGCCGCUCUCAGGCGACAUGUCCUCCUUCGUCUCGUUCCCUUCGCUCCCCACUUUCCCUCGACUCUCCCUCCCCGCUUGGGUCAGGUGGAGCGAAUGCGCUGUCUGACCCCACCUCCUGUGGGUUGGAUGAGAGCUGGUUCAUCACUCCUCCACCCUGUUUCACUGCAGAGGGCGCGCCAGCUGAGGCCAGCCCCAUGGAGGACUUGCUCAUCGAGCAUCCUAGCAUGUCUGUCUACGUCUCUUCGUCCAACCUGGAGCAGAGUACAGCCAACAUGGCUGACAGCGUGAGCAGGAUGUCUGAAUCUACCCCUGCCCCUAUUCCCACUCGGCCAGUGCGAGGAUCAGCAUGUCAGGCAGUUCCUCUUGCCAAAGUGACUCAGGUGAGCCGUGUUCAGAGGGCCAAAGCCCGUGUGGAGCGCCGUCACCUGACCCGUGGUCGCAUGCAGCGCCAAAACCGCGUCCGCCAGCAGAUCCCUCGCCACGUGACUCACACACGCAACUCCUUCCUGCACCAACCGUGCCAGCGCAACUUCUGCCACUGAUGCACCCGGAUCCCAGCAUUUAUUCACCACGUUCACCAACCUCCAUCAUCCCACAUCACCUAUCAUACCAAGAUUUCAAUAUCUUCACCAAAGCCCUCAUUUUAUGCUAGCGUUUUCAUGUUACUCCUCUCACCAUCAGGAGUUAUUUUUAGCUUAAAUGCCUGAAACAUAUCCGUUAUGGUCGAACCAUUUGUUUUUCCAAUUAGCCUUCGAUUAGCAUCGCGCUGUUUUAAACAGUAGCCGCAUUUGCCAGUGUCUCAAAGGUGCCGUUUACAAUCAGCGAUCUCACACGCAGGCGAACGUGAGAAUGGAUAAUGUCGAGCAAAACAAAAACAGAAGCAGAGCAGACACAGAACGUUGACGUGGAAGAAACCAAACAAGGGUCUGAGGCUAACUUCUCAUCCUUUUUUUGCUUUCAUUUGUGUUGGAAAAGUCCAGUUUUCUCCAUUCGUAUUUUUAACUUUUGUAUGAUUUCUUGACGAAGGAAAAUACCGUAGUGGCUAAAAUACACAUUGCAGAAUUAUCGCAUCAGAGAGAGAAAAUGCUAAACGCUAUGCUAGCUUCGAGUUUCUAAAAAAACGGAGAGAAAAAGGCUUUAACAACACACAGAAUGGCAAAGUAGGUAGAAGAAGGUAAAAGUAAGGAUAAAACAGAUUAAAGAGUGAUGGAUGUUGAUGGAGGAUCAAAGGGGGGGUAAAUAAGUAGGUAUCGUAGCCCACAGCAUUACCGUAGCACCUUCAAGGGCAAAUCCAAGCUACAAUGGAUUGCGGGUUUUUUUCCCUUCUUGCAGUUUUUUAUUUUAUUUUGUUCAUUUUAAGUAAAUUGUAUGUUGGGGUUUUGCCUUAAAAUGCUUUGGUGCAUUUUGGUGCCUCAUUAAACACUUUGGACCAAUUUAAGGUUAAGAAAAUGAAGCUAUCAUGACUGAAUAACUAACACAGUCUUCAUUUUCCCAAAAUAGUUCUGGACUAAAGUUGGGUUUGUCCUGAUUUUACUGUACAUACAAAAAUUAUUAAAACUAAAACUAUCUUAAGACUUAAGAUUUUUAAUCCGUUGCACACAAAAAGUUUCAUCUAGGUAGAAAUACACUAUAUUGCCAAAGGUUUUGGGACGUCUGCCUUUCCAUGCACAUGAAUGUAAUAUGGAGUUGUCCCGCCCUUUACAGCUAUAACAGCUUCAACUCUUCUGGGAAGACUUUCCACAAGGUUUAGGAGUGUGUUUAUGGAAAUUAUUCCUCUAGAAGCGUAUUUGUGAGGUCAGGCAACUAUUGUUGGACAAGAAGGACUGGCUCUAAUUCAUCCCAAAGGUAUUCUAUGGGGUUGAGGUCAGGACUCAUGCUUGGACCUUGCUUUGUGCACUGGUGCGCAGUCAUGUUGGAACAGGAGCAUGAAAUUGUCCAAAAUGCUGAAGCAUUAAGAGUUCCUUUCACUGGAACUAAGGGGCUGAGUCCAACCCCUGAAAAACAACACCUGAAUUCAGUGAUUUGGAGGGGUGUCCCAAAACCUUUGACAAUAUAGUAUAAGUUUAGUCCAUAUGCUUAGCAUCCAUUGUUAGCAGUAGCGAACUCAAAAUGCCAGCAAUUUAGAAAAAAUCAGGUCUGGAAAUUUAAUCUAAAUGAAUUAUAUAUUUUAUAUAAAGUCACAAAAAAAUGAAAAAUAAUGAUUAAAAAUGUCAACAUAGGAAAAGAACCAAUGACAAAGAGAUAUAGUGGCUUAAAUAUGAGUCCCAGCCUGUGCCGGUCCUUUUCCUAUACAUUAUAUCAUUUAAAACUUUAAAUUUAAAGUAUCAGUGUUCUAUUUAUCAAAUCUCACCCAGUUUCAGGCAUUUUCUCCACUGUGAUCUGUAUACUUUCUGGUCACAUAUUGAUAAUAAACCUUAAAUUGACGUCCAGGCCGGAAAGAAGAGCGUAAAGCCGUCCUCAUGAGAGCCGGUGUGAGGCUGCUGGGGGCUACAGGGUAUGUUGGAUUAUAGAAGGUGCAGGAUAAUGAUAAAGGAAUUGCAUCGCCUCCUAUAGGUGAUACGGAACAAAUAAAUCUAUAACGACGCAGCAGCUCGAUCGCACAAAUCCUCGACUCAAAUUUGGUGUCGCGAAGGGGAUGCGAAUGAGCUCCUGAUUCUAAUUUAUAACCCCAAUGAUUUGAGAAAAACAGUCAACUGUUACACCUCUAGGUGGGGAAGCAGUCCUUGUCACUAGUAGGUAUAGAAAGCGACUCUUUAUUGUGUUUUGUUGCGUUACGUUUUUAAGAUCAUGUUCUUUUUAAGAUGUCUCAGACCCUUGAACUUCUUCUCUGCCUCUUGUCUUUCUCCAUUAAAUCAAUGCUCAGUGUCAGGCCUGCAUCUAAAACCCAAAGUUUAGCUUAAAAAAAAUCACUGUGACACAAAAGAUCUCAAAAGUCAUCCAUCCUCAUAUUACAUCAUGACAUUAGACUGAAUUAUUAACGUUACUUGCAGAAAUCCGUCCCGGUGAACAAACAAGGCCAGUGAUGAACGUUACUGAGAUCCUGACCUGACUAAAAGGAACACUUCUUGUUUGCUCAUUAUAGCUGAUUAGGAAGCUAACAAGUUUAUGAAAAUCAGGCUUAUAUAUGUUUGGAGAUAUCUCCAUGAUUAUCAUUCAUGACCAGGAGCAAAGGGAGGGCCAUUCUGAUUGGGCAGAUAGCACUUGCUUCCAAAGGUGUACCAUGAAUAGAUCUGGUGGCUUCAUAUGUCUCAGAGGAAGCAUGUGCUAGCCUUUCACCUUCACCUAGAGAAGCUAGUGGGCUGGAAUUUGCCAGAGAAAAAGCAAUAUAACCUCCUCGUAUAACCUCAAACUGAGGCGGAAUGAUACCAAGCCGUUCCAGUUAUCCAAGAUGGCCGCCCCAUAACGUCACAGCAUUCAGCUAGAAUACUUCAUUACUUGUUAGCUACUUUCAUUAGCUGUGUAAAGCGGCUAAUCGCAAACUAUAAUUUAUUCCAUUAUGAACAUCGUGAUUGGUCUACUGGUCCGUCCCGAGUCGAUGAUGUGUUUUUACAUAUUUGUAUCACUGGGAUGUAUUGUAACGUAUUGUAACUCCUGUGUGAGAGAGAAAGGAGGUGUGUGUGUGUGUGUGUACGCCAGUGUUAGCAAGACGGCUCUCACUUGUUUUGGCAAGGAAAACACACAAACACACACACACAUAUGCCUCCACAUGCUGAAUCCAUCCUUCUCCAUCAGUCAGUGUUAGUUUCCUCUGUGGGAUCCUCGGCAUGGCGCUCGGACUUACGUAGUGUGUAUCAUCGAUGCUGAUUAGAUUAACUAUGGUGCUGAACAUGUUUGAUUGUUUGUAAAAUUCGACUUGGAUGUACGUUUGCACUGUCUUACCUUUUAUGGUGAAUCGAGGUUGUUGUUUUUUUUUAGCUGUGUGCAAUUUUAUUUGUUUUGUUUCAAGCAUCCGUACGAACGAGAGGGUGAUGUUAAUGUGCAUGAGUUGGGAAACAAACUAUUUUAAAUUAUUCACAUUCACAUACGAUAUGUACGCAUAAUGCACAGCUCUUUACAGAACAAUGUUCGAGUGAUGCGUGUUUUAUCUGAAUGAUGUCACCAUUUAUUGAAAAUAUCUUUACAAAGCUAGGUUGAACACACAGAACCUACUUCUUUCUUUCUUUCUUUCUUUCUUUCUUUCUUUCUUUCUUUCUUUCUUUCUUUCUUUCUUUCUUUCUUUCUUUCUUUCUUUCUUUCUUUCUUUCUUUCUUUCUUUCUUUCUUUCUUUCUUUCUUUCUUUCUUUCUUUGGGGAAAUGAGGGUAUACCUUAAAAUCCACUUCUGAAACCUUUUUACUUCAUUAUACCUGCAUAUAAUGGGCUAUUUAGUCAUUAGCUGACCGCUGAGAUCGUUUUUGCGGUGUCAGUGGGACGUAACACAAUGAAAAUCUAUUAACAAAAACUAAUAUAUUCAUAUACUCAAUUUCCCCCCCCCAUAUAUUUUAUUUUUCUUAAUUUUUAAGGGAUUUUAAAGGGAUUGUAUACACACACCAUUUUGUUCCUGAUGGAUGUAUAGCAGAGGUGGACCUUUUAUGAUGUCAUUCAACUAGGGCACUUCCUGUCGAAGUAGCAAACUGAUGUUGGGUCACUGUUGGGGUUUACAUUUGGCUCAAAGUCAUUGUCCACUGGGGCAAUGUUGGGUCACCAGGCUCAGGUUGAUUUUCAGUCAACUUUAAAUCCAUUUAAUGCUAAUGUUGGGUCAUUUUUUGGCCCAGUGUUGGGUGGCAGCAUUGGAUAAAUUUUGGAUUGCAAUAUUGGUCCAGUAUUGGGUCACUGGGGUUGACAGAUGUUCAGCCACCUUCAACUUGACUUUUCCAAAGUUAGGCCAAAGUUCAAAAUUUCCAGAUAUUCCACUGGGUCAAGACUUGAAGCAAACAGAAUUUCCUCCAUUGGGCCAAUGUUGGGACAACAUUCAGCCAGCUUUAAAGAGCCACAGAGCCAGGCUUGCCCCAGCACUGGCAGAGUUGUUAUAAAAGUGUGCCAUUGAAUCAACACUGGGGCAACUCUAGACCAAUGCUGGCUAGGGUAGCACUGUCAGGCCUGACAUCCGCACUAAAACAGACGUCAGUUUGCUACAUGGGUGUGUUCAUGUCUCCUUUAUCAAUGUGGUGCUUCUCGUUUACCGCGUCAGUCCAUACAGAGGUGAUGCUACGCCAACAUAGCAAUCAACCCUAAUGGGAGUGACCGGCUCAUCCACCCUCAACAAACAUCCAUCACUGUUUAUUUCCCUUCUAUUUUUAACAGUCCACCACAAUCUCUCUCUCUUUCCUGUUGUAUCUCAUUAUUGUAUUUUUUUUCCUGACUGUGUGUGUGUGUGAGUGUGUAUGUGUGUGUAUGACUAAUGAAAUGUCGUGACUAUAGGGAGCAGUGUGUUACACCUCAGGGCAGCUUGAGGUUUAUUUGACUGUGUAGCUUGUGUGAUGUGAGAAUAUAGACUGGGUGAGUAAAUGAAAAAAAAAAAAACAACAAAACAGAUUAAUGAACUAAAAA